AUGGCAAUCUCAGAUCAAAACCCUCAAGACACUGAUGCUCUGAAUAACCUUGUAGCUGCUGAAAAUGGUUAUAAUAGCAUAGAAAUCAGACAGUCCAAAAGUCUGAUAAGUGAAUUGGAGGAUCUCAAUGGCAAUCUUGCUUCAGAUCAGAAAAUAAUUGCAGAAACUCUAGUGCACCAUUUUAAAGAAAAAUUCCAAUAUCAACAAACUGAGAAAGUAGAUUCUUUGCUGGAAGUAAUUCCAAAUGUAGUUACGGAGGAGGAUGAACAAAUGUUGGAUGCCAUACCAGAUGUAGAGGAGAUAAAAUCUACUAUCUUUAGUAUGGAUCCUGACAGUUCUCCAGGGCUUGAUGGCUUCUCUGGUUGUUUUUACAGAGCUUGCUGGAACAUUAUUCAACAUGAUGUAGUUCAAGCUGUGCAGUUUUGUUGGAGGAGACAAUUCAUUCCCAAGGGACUCAAUUCAAACUUUUUGGCUCUCUUGCCUAAAACAGAUGGAGCAAAAACUCCUAACCAAUUCAGGACCAUUGGAUUGAGCAAUGUAAGUUUUAAGAUAUUCACAAAGAUCAUAAAUACAAGAUUGAGCUCUCUUUUGCCUAAACUAAUCAGUCAUCAGCAAGUUGCUUAUAUCAAAGGCAGAAGCAUACAAGAACAGAUUAUGUUAGCUUCAGAAAUGGUCAAUGAGAUGAAGAAGAAUAAAAGGGGUGGAAAUGUUGGUUUAAAGCUUGACAUAUCUCAAGCUUAUGAUUCUGUAAGUUGGGAUUUUUUAUUCAAGGUUUUAAGCAAGUAUGGUUUCUCCAAUUCUUUGUGUCAUUGGUUAAAAAUUUUAUUUGAGUCAGCUAGAAUAUCUGUAAUGGUGAAUGGUGGGACUCAUGGUUUUUUCUCAGUUGGUAUGGGUUUAAGGCAAGGAGACCCAUUAUCUCCUACCUUAUUUGUUAUCAUGGAAGACAUUCUUAGUAGAAGCAUCCAUCAGAGGGUGGCAGAAAGUUUGAUUCAGCCAAUGGUUAUUAGAAAAGGAAUUCACCCAACACACUUAUUCUUUGCAGAAGAUGUGUUCCUUUUUUGCAAUAGGGCAAAGAAGAGUAUUACUAAUCUCAUGAAGUUGUUGGAUGAAUAUCAAAAAGGUUCUGGUCAAUUGAUCAACAAAAUGAAAAGAAAACUGUUUAUUGAUGGCACCUCAUUGCUAAGGAAAAAUCAGAUAAAGGAAAAUUUACAAAUGGAACUUAGUAAUUUUCCUGAAAAGUAUCUUGGAGUCAUACUAUCUGCUAGCAGAGUUAAAGUGUCUACUGUGUGGCCUAUGGUAGAGUUACUUCAAAGAAAACUUGCAGCUUGGAAGGGGAAACUCAUAUCUUUUCAAGACAGAAUAAAUGUUUGGCAUGAUAUCUGGAUUGGUGAUGCUCCUCUUAGUGGAAAUGCUGGAAGUACUUCUUAUGCCAUAAAUAAUAUGCAAUUCCUAAAAGUAGCUGAUCUUAUUCAAAAUGGAAAAUGGUGUAUUCCAAAUGAAAUUCAACCUUGCUCCAGGUCAUCAAACUUACCAGAUAUAGGAGGAGGGCAAGAUUUAUUGUUUCCAGAUGUUGCAUUUGUGAAAAAGAACAAGAUAGCAUGGGUCAUCUUCUUUGGGAAUGUUCUUUCAGUAGAAACAUUUGGUCUUGGUUAUGUGUUGUUUUUUCUACUAAACCCCCAAGCUCAUUUGAAGACAUUUGGAACUCAGAAAAACAUAAAAGCCCCAUUUCCAGAGAAGCAUGGAUUACUGCAGCAUGUUCAGUGA